UCCGAUUGCAAUACGUUAUGAGCGCGAUCGACCGGACGCGACCGGCGACAGACUCGUCAGAUGCGCCCGCGCCGCCAUCUCAGACGCUCGUCUUCAUUCAAAACAAAACAAUAGUGCCUGUGAACAGAGUGUAGACUAGACACGGGAUCGCGGUAAGCGAAUACAAUAUAACUACCACAAAAGUCAAGAUGCCGAGAUUCAAGACAAUAAUGGUAACAGGAGGUGCCGGAUACAUUAGCAGCCAUUGCGUGGUAGACCUCCUAGAUGCGGGAUACGAAGUAGUUGCCAUAGAUAACUUCGCAAACGCAGUAGGCGAUGAAGAUGGCGCACCUGCACUACAAAGGGCCGAAGAAAUCACAGGCAAAAAAAUCACGUUCUACAAAGCCGAUUUGUUAGACAAACCACAAAUCAACGAUAUCUUUGAUAAGCAUAGGGUGGAGUGUGUUAUCCACUUCGCAGCCCUAAAGGCGGUCGGAGAAUCCAUGCAACAACCUCUACUAUACUACCAGAACAACCUACUCGGCAUGCUUAAUUUAUUGGAGGUAAUGCGAUCACACAACUGCUACCAAAUGGUGUUCUCGUCAUCUUGCACGGUGUACGGCGAGCCGGAGACUCUUCCCAUCACGGAGACCCAUCAGACAGGCAAUAUUACAAAUGUUUAUGGAAGAACCAAGUACUUUAUUGAAGAAAUGUUAAAAGACUUGAGCAUUGCUGAUGAGAAAUGGAACAUAAUAUCUCUGCGGUACUUCAACCCGGUGGGCGCGCACCCCUCCGGGCUGAUCGGCGAGGACCCCACGAAGGAGUUCACGAACCUCAUGCCCUUCAUGGCGCAAGUGGCGCUCAAGAAGAAACCCGUGCUGACUAUUUUCGGUGACGAUUAUAACACGCCUGAUGGAACUGGCAUUCGUGAUUACAUUCAUGUGAUGGACCUGGCGAGUGGGCACGUCGCUGCACUCAAACUGCUCACCGAUAACCACGUCAGACUAAAGGUAUUCAACCUGGGCACAGGCAAAGGAGUAUCAGUGAAGGAGCUAGUGGGGGUGUUUGAGCGAGUCACCGGGGCCAAGGUCCCCGUGAAGUACGUCGCGAGGCGGAACGGUGACAUCACGGCCAUGUGGGCAGACGCCUCGCUCGCCAAGCAGGAGUUGGGCUGGACCGCUAAAUACUCGGUGGAAGAGAUGUGCACAGACUUCUGGCGAUGGCAGACUAUGAACCCCGACGGUUACCCCAAAAAGAACAAAACUACGGUCAUCGUUGUUAACGGGAAGAGUUAACGAUAAACAGCAAACGAGAAUAUUCCACUUACCUAUAGCCAUUUACUAUUAAUAAAUAUUUUAUUUAUA